AUGAUGGUGAUCAAGGGCGGACGUCGCCUCGCGCUGUUCUUCUUGGUCGUCUGCGCGGCUGCUCGACCUGCUUCGUCCGACGAUGGCCCGCUGCCGGAUGGCAACUUCGAGGAUUCGCCGGACAGAUCCCAGAUGGACGGCUCGAGGGUCACCGGUGAGUACACAAUCCCACAGUGGAAGAUCUCGGGGCACGUGGAGUACAUCGAAUCCGGGCAGAAGCAGGGCGACAUGUUUCUUGCGGUACCGGAGGGCGCGCACGCCUUGCGGCUGGGCGACGACGCCGACAUCCAGCAGCAGCUCUACGUGACACCGGGCACGCAGUACUCCGUCACCUUCAGCGCCGCGCGAACCUGCGCCCAGAACGAGAAGCUGAACGUGUCGGUCGUCCCCGGCGGCGCGCCCGACGAGGUCUCCAUCCAGACGGUGUACACCAGCAGCGGUUGGGACUCCUACUGCUGGGCGUUCCAGGCCACGGCCGGCGUCGUCUCCCUGAUCAUCCACAACCCCAUCCACGAGGAUGACCCCGCGUGCGGCCCCACCAUCGACGCCGUCGCCAUCAAGACGAUCUACCCUCCUCAGGCCACCGCCGAUAACUUGCUGAGGAAUGGCGACUUCGAGCAGGGGCCGUACAUCGCCCCGGAAUCACAGUAUGGGGUGCUGGUGCCAGGGAGGGACGGCAUGGACGUCUCGCCGCUGCCGGGGUGGAAGGUCAGGUCGUAUUCCAAGGUCGUCAAGUACAUAAACUCCGCCCACUUCGCGGUGCCGCGUGGCUCCUACGCCGUGGAGCUGGUGGCCGGCGGCGAGGCCGCGCUGCUUCAGGAGGUGGACACCGUGCCCGGGAGCUCGUGCACGCUGGAGUUGUCCGUCGGCGACGCCGGAAAUGGGUGCGUGGCCCAGGACCAGCAGCCCAUGCGCGUGCAGGCGUCUACGACGGACCGGAGCAUGACAGUGGUGUACAAUUCGACUGGCACGGGCGGGAGCAGGCGUGCCUCGCUCGCCUUCACGGCGAGCCGAAGCAAGACGCUGGUGGCCAUUUGCAGCUCCGCCUACCACACCAAGUCCGACUACAGUGGCACCCGCUGCGGGCCCGUCGUCGACGACAUCUCGCUCGUCUGUGUUUCACAGCCGCCUGCUCGCCGGUUACUGCGUUAA